AUGCUGACCAUCCUCGCGCUAGCUUCAGUUCUAUUCCUGGGAACAGUCCCGGAGCAGACGGAGGCCAUAGUGAUCUACACGGGCUGGGAGAGGCACGCCCUGGUGGGCUCGGACGUCCGGCUCUCGUGCUCCUUCUUCUCGUGGCGUUGGACCUCUGAUGACGUGACCUUCUCGUGGACCUACAGACCGGACGGAUCCAGGGACACCGUCUCGAUCUUUCAUUACACUGGUGGGGUGCCGUACCUGGACAACAAGGGCCCCUUCAGAGACAGACUGGAGUUUGUUGGUAACCCCAGCCGACGGGACGGGUCCAUUCUGCUGAAGAACGUGGACUUCGGAGACAACGGAACCUUCACCUGCGACGCCAAGAACCCCCCAGACAUCAGCGGGCGCCCCUCCAGUGUGCGCCUGCUCGUGUUUGAGAAAGUCCCCAUCCAGGCCGGAGUGAUCACCGGCUCCAUCAUCGGCACAGUUCUGGGGCUGCUGAUUCUCAUCGUGGUCAUUUAUUACCUCAUGAGGUUCCUGGUGGCUCGCCGCGUCUUCAGCCUCAACGUCAGGUCAGUGCCUUGCUCAUGGGCUCUGUGUCACGGAAUCGAAGUCAAACCUGAGCCCAUCCCGGGCACCGAGACGUGCGUGGCCAAAGGGGAGGCCAAAUGA